CGGUCCCUCCCGAGUCCGUCUAAGAUCUUGUGUAAACAGGGGGACCGAUCGGGAGUCACUGCAGUGUCUGUCUAAAACGCCAGGUGUGGGAUUAUAUAAUAAGUUUGUGUGACAGCCUGUCCGGGUCUACAUGUUCCAUGGAGCUGGUGUUGGUUAAACAGCACAACAUACGGGUCCCGCGGUGGCUAUAGCUACUCACCAACCCGCACGUCACCGCGGCUAACAGGCGUCGCUAACACUCAGACUUUACUCUUUACUCGGCGGGAACAUAACCUUACAGUAUAUCUGACUAAUUUUAUUUGGUGGAAAUACAAAACGGGUUAAAAAAAAAUAAGUAGGUGUAAUGCUGGCAGGCUGGUAAGGUUAACGAGCUUGUUAGCCGGCUAGCUAGGCAAACUUGACUGAAGCUAAGGUGUUUCCUAGUUUAGCUAGUUUGUGGGAAAAAAAAUCAUUUGUUGGAUAUUUAACAGCGUGACAUGUUGGACGACAAACCCAGCUAGGACACAUUAGUUCAGUCAGUUAGUUAGCUCGCGACUCCGAGGCCAUGUCACGUGACAUGUUUAGGUAGCUAGUUAGCUUUAACCAGGGCUCGUGUCGUGUGGAAUUAAGGUUAAUCACUGUUACGGUUAGUCGCGCCGUUUCGGUUCGUUUGGUUUUAGUGCGCAAGUGAAUAUAUUCCCACAUGACCCAGACUGGUAGCUGUGCUCAUCCAGCUGUGCCACCGGAAUAACAAUGUCAGACAAUCAGGGCAACGUGAACAACAACAACGUGCCUCUGAACAACAACAACAACUUGAACAAUGGCGCAGCGAACCGACUCCGGAACCCGAACGUCAACCAGAACCCGCUGAUCAACGUGCGGGACCGGCUCUUCCACGCGCUCUUCUUUAAGAUGGCAGUCACCUACGCCAGGCUCUUCCCUCCGUCCUUCCGCCGGGUUUUUGAGUUCUUCGUCCUUCUGAAGGCCCUGUUUGUGCUCUUCAUCCUGGCCUACAUCCACAUCGCCUUCUCUCGGUCACCCAUCAACUGUUUGGAGCACGUACGUGAGAAGUGGCCACGCGAUGGCAUCCUGCGCGUGGAGAUCCAGCGCAACUCCAGCCGCGCCCCCAUAUUCCUGCAGUUCUACGAGACAGAGGGAUUUCAGGGGCUUGUCAAGGAGCCAGACGGCGGUGCGGAGGACACCGGCCAAGUUCCCGUUCAUCAAGAGGACGAGGAAGAAGAGGAGAUGACGGUUGAAAUGUUCGACAACAGCUCAGUGAGGUUUGAGCUUGACAUUGAACCCCGGUUGAAGCCUUUAGUGAGCGAUGACGCCCCAGGCUCAUCCUCAAACGACAGCCAGGACCUCUCCUUCAGCCAAGCACCCUCUAAAGGUAUGCAGCCGCUGAGGGAGACUGUCUCCGAGAUUGAGAUGCUUACGAGAGCAGUGUGGCCUCAAGAGGAGUAUAUAGUGGAGUAUUCCCUGGAGUAUGGUUUUCUGCGGCUGUCUCAAACCACACGACAACGUCUCAACAUUCCCGUCAUGGUGGUUACCCUGGACCCAGUAAAGGACCAGUGCUUUGGAGAUGGGUUUAGCCGCUUCCUUUUGGACGAGUUCCUCGGCUACGACGAUAUACUAAUGUCUAGUGUUAAGGCCUUGGCAGAAAAUGAGGAGAAUAAAGGGUUCUUGAGGAAUGUGGUCUCAGGUGAACACUACCGUUUUGUUAGUAUGUGGAUGGCACGUACGUCCUACUUGGCCGCCUUUGUGAUCAUGGUGAUUUUUACACUGUCCGUGUCCAUGCUGCUCCGCUAUUCCCACCACCAGAUCUUCGUUUUUAUAGUGGACCUUCUGCAGAUGCUAGAGAUGAACAUGACCAUUGCAUUCCCGGCUGCUCCUCUUCUCACUGUAAUCCUGGCUCUUGUGGGGAUGGAAGCCAUCAUGUCUGAGUUUUUCAAUGACACGACUACAGCAUUUUAUAUCAUCCUCAUCGUGUGGCUGGCGGAUCAGUACGACGCCAUCUGCUGCCACACCAACACAAGCAAACGCCAUUGGCUCAGGUUUUUUUAUCUCUACCAUUUUGCAUUCUACGCAUACCAUUACCGCUUUAACGGGCAGUAUAGCAGCCUGGCUCUGGUCACUUCUUGGCUUUUCAUCCAGCACUCCAUGAUCUACUUUUUCCACCACUACGAGCUGCCAGCCAUCCUGCAGCAGAUCCGCAUUCAGGAAAUGCUGCUGCAGAACCAGCAGGCUGCUCAGGGCAACCAGACUGCGCUGCAGGACAACUUGAACAACAACACCACCACCAACGCCGUGGCACAUGCUGGCAGACCACCUGCAGCCGGCUCGGUCACUGCCAACGGCCAGGAGCGCCAGUCACCCCUCGCCCAGCCACAGGCUGAAGGUACUAACAGCCUGUCUGCUUCUGCACCAAGUGAUCAGGACUGGAUGUCCGAGACGGCAGCCAUUUUCACAGACGCCAUCAUCACAGAGGCACUGUCCGCCCCUCUGUUGGAGACUGCAGCGCCCCCUGCAGGCAUCAGUGUCACACAGAGUGCAGAUAUGGCAGGAGAGCAUCAGGAGGGGAGCGAUAGAUCAGCUGAACCCCAAGAAGGCGGAGGAAGCGAUGAGGCAGGAGCAACUACUCACGUUACAGACUGCAGAGAACCAGAGGUGGACAAAACAGACAUACAUCAGUUGGACACCAAAAAAGAGAGCGAGAGUCACCCUGACCCAGGCACGUCCGGCCCUCACUCCGCUCCCUCCUGAGCUCAGAUUUCACUCGGGUUUAAAUCCAAAAGAAUUCUGCCUUUUUACCUCUUCAACUAGCAACAGCAGAGCUUUUCACCCUAAAUGCAUCCAUAUCGCGUCAAGGAGGAAGGAGAAGGAGAGAAACAACAGCUAUGGAGCGCAAUGUAAUCGUACCCUAGAAAGGGGUGAAUAAGAGGGAGUUAAAUGUUUUCUUUUCUUAAUGACUUGAAGUGAAAAAUGGAUGCUUCUUGAAUUAUUUUGAAAAUCCACCAUGUGUGGUGUGUUCAUUCAAAGAACAGUGGUAUUUUUUUUUUCUUUCAAAUUUUUUUUAACGAUUAUUUGUUAGUGAUUGGUGUCUUUGAACACUGGGUGUGCUUGUAUGCAAUAACGUGUUUAACAGAUAGUACUUCUGAUGGAAUAUUGGGAGUCGUUCAGAGCUCAGUGUCGCCCUGUGUUAUCUAAAGAAGCAUCUAGUCUUUAUCGUAUCCAGCAAGUCAAGCCAAAUAGCAGGUAAUCCUCUGAUUUAGAUUCGACAUUUUUUGAGGUUUGAGGUUCAUAUGCAGUAGCAGACGACCCAGUGUAACGCUGAAACCAAGCUCUCGUUUGGAAGUAGUUUACCUUGUGAAAGUAUAGUCUUAGUCCAUGAUGCCUUGAAAAAUAUGUUGUGUUUUAAGAUUUUUUUUUUUUUCUUCCAAAACUGCAUAUAGGUGUCAAGGACAGAUUUUUUUGAAAUCCUUUCUCAAGGAAAAUUCCUCUUUGUAUCAGAUUUAUUGAACAGAUUGUUGAUUUAUUAUCUUUUUUUUUUUUUUCAAUUACUGCACUAAUUUCAUUACGAAACAGGUAAGCUUUGGCUGUUUUUGUGCAAUUCCAAAAUGAUCUAUAAAGGUGGCCGAAUGAAUCCUGUCUGGUAAGAGAGCAAGUCAUAUUGUGGUUUGGCUUGAUAUUUCCUCUUUAUUUAGGGGUACAGAUAAUAUGUUAAGGCUGUUAAUUCCUUCAGCUUCAUGUUUUAUUUGCAUUCUUAGAGAACAGUUGCCUUUAGCAUGUAUUUCUAUCAAUAUGAUUAAUAGUGCUAAAGCCUACUCGGAGCGAACGUCUUAUUAAUGUGUUUGAUCAUUUUUGUUACUCGUUGCUUUUGUGUAUGUAUUAAUUGCAUUAUAAAAAGCAGCCAUAUAAAUGGGUACUUUUUUUUUUUUUUCUCCGAAAACCCAUAUUACAAAAGCUAUUAUUUCUCCAUUAAAUAUUAACUCACAUAGAAUGUAGGAGUACAAAAAUAAUGAUGCGUAUUGUGAAGCCUAACAAGGCAGAGUUCAACAUUUAACAGUAAGCAAGACACAACCGGUGUCACCAAGGAGCAGGAGAACAUUAUUAUUCAACUGCCGUUCAAACAAUAUGCAAAUCCAGUCAGUGAUUAUGUUCGUACCGGUUAGGAAAAUCAAGCAUAAUCAAAGAUUAGUGAAUGUUGUAUGUGCAAAUAGAUAAAAAAAAAAAAUGUAAAAAGUUAGUAAAACAGAUUUAAGAGAGUUAUAUUCUUUAUAGAUCAUGCCAACAGGGAAAGAUAAAUCCAGUUUAAGAAAUCUUUCUUCCACAAGUUUAGUUCAUUUGACUGCAACAGACUUUAUCCUGUCUGUUGCGUAAUGUGUACGAAUAUAUUAGGCUUAGUUUGUUCCUCCUCUCUGGGUGAGAGAAGACUGGAAGAAACUUUAAAUUUCUUUAGCAGGUUUUCAUUCACAGGCUAUGCAACAAAUGAUAAAGUAAAACGUCAGCAGCUCUGGGAAGGUGGUUUUAUCCAAAACGUGUGCAAUAAGUCAAGUCGAGAUUUUUCAGCAUAAGUGCUCCACGAAUGAGCUUUUACAAGCAAACCAUCUUUUUUCUUUCUUUCUGUUUUUCUUUUUUUUUCCCUUGCCUAUUUGCCGUUCUGUGUCAGAAUACAGGAUGAGGAGUUUCUAUUCACUUAUCAUAGACGAUGAAAUUCCACUGUUCUGUGAUGAACUCUAUUUGCUCUUUCAUUCAGAUGUAUUUAAUUGUAAAAAAACAAACAAACUGCAUAAACAGAUGAAAGGAUUUUCCACUCUGCA